AUGGGGUCCACCGGCCACCUGGGUCCACCGGUCACCUGGGUCCACCGGUCACCUGGGUCCACCGGUCACCUGGGUCCAUCGGUCACUUGGGUCCACCGGUCACCUGGGUCCACCAGUCACCUGGGUCCACCGGUCACCUGGGUCCAUCGGUCACUUGGGUCCACCGGUCACCUGGGUCCACCAGUCACCUGGGUCCACCAGUCACCUGGGUCCACCGGUCACUUGGGUCCACCGGUCACUUGGGUCCACCGGUCACCUGGGUCCACCAGUCACCUGGGUCCACCAGUCACCUGGGUUCACCGGUCACCUGGGCCCUCCGGUCACCUGGGUCCACCGGCCACCUGGGUCCACCGGUCACCUGGGUCCACCGGUCACCUGGGUCCACCGGUCACCUGGGUCCAUCGGUCACUUGGGUCCACCGGUCACCUGGGUCCACCAGUCACCUGGGUCCACCAGUCACCUGGGUCCACCGGUCACUUGGGUCCACCGGUCACUUGGGUCCACCGGUCACCUGGGUCCACCAGUCACCUGGGUCCACCAGUCACCUGGGUUCACCGGUCACCUGGGCCCUCCGGUCACCUGGGUCCACCGGUCACCUGGGGUCAACCGGUCACCUUGGGUCCACCUGUCACCUGGAGUCAACCUAAGCUGCCCUAG